AUGUCGACUCUAGCUAGGCGUAGGAUUGUUCAGGAUAUUUCCCGGAUUACUAAGGACCCUCCAAAGGGUACCAACGCCCUUCCCUUUUCUGAUAAUAUGAUGUAUUGUCAUGCUAUUAUAAACGGGUCUGAGGGCACAAUUUGGGAGUGUGGCACAUUUCAUUUAAUCAUAAAGUUUACUGAGGAUUAUCCUACAAAACCUCCUGUCGUUCGGUUUCUAUCGAAAAUGUUUCAUCCAAAUAUUUAUUUUGAUGGUUCCAUAUGUUUGGAUAUUUUACAGAACCAAUGGACCCCUAUGUAUGAUGUUUCUUCGAUUUUGAUAUCAAUUCAGUCUCUUCUUAAUGAUCCUAAUCCAAUGUCUCCUGCCAAUACUGAGGCUUCUAAGAUCUAUACUGAUGAUUUCUUUUUAUACCAAACUCGUGUUCUUCAGUGUGUAGAGGAUAGUUGGUACGUUCCUACUCUCACAGAGUCUUUUCUUGAAGCUCUUUAA